CUCUCCAUCCCUAAACAUAUUUCCCUGCGACACACACAAACAUAGACGCGAACCAAAUUAUAUAAUUAAGAGAGAGAAACACCUCCUCAACGUAUUUCUCUCAGCUAUCCGUUAAUGGAGGAACCGACUACGUCAUCCAUGGAAGAACAACAGCCUCCUUCUCCUUCGCAAACUCAAUCGCAACCUCCUCCGUCACCUCCACCGCCGCCGGAGAUUCCCGAGGGUUCCGGCGCCGGUGAAGAUGUAGAUGAUGAUGAUGAAGAUGAUGAGGAGGAUGAUGGGUUAGGUCUCAAAGCUCAGAAGUUUAUGGAAAUGAUUACUUCUUCUCCUGAUAACCCUAAUCCUAAAGCUCUUCAUGCUCUUGCUUCUCUUCUCGAAACUCAAGAAUCCAGGUAUAUGGAAGAGGCAGAUCAUUCCUCCCCCAAUCACACUCGAGCUUCACAUAGUAUUGGACGCUUGGGUAAUAUAAUUCGGGAAAAUGAUGAAUUCUUUGAAUUAAUCUCAGCAAAAUUUCUAUCAGAGUCUAGAUAUUCAGUAUCUGUCCAGGCUGCUGCUGCGAGGGUGCUUCUUAGCUGUUCACUAACUUGGAUGUUCCCCCAUGUAUUUGAAGAUGAUGUUACAGAAAACAUAAAAAACUGGGUUUUGGAUGACAGUGCGAAAUGUUGCAGUGGUGAUGAUGGCUUAUGGAAACGACAAUUUGGUGAAACAAAGUGCUCUGAUUUUGAUAUGCGCAAGACUUAUGCUACAGGACUUCUUGCAUUAUGCUUAACUAGUGGUAGUCAAGUUGUUGAAGAUGUCUUAACUUCUGGUUUGUCCGCUAAGCUGAUGCGUUGUCUUCGUAAUCGUGUCUUGAUUGAGACAAGUAGUAGUCAAAAAGAUACAAGUCAUGUCGCUGAGAAUAAAGGUGUUUCUACAGUAGGUGGUGGAAGAGGUAGAGAUGAAAGUCGUACCAGAUUACGACCACCUAUGGAGACUGCUUCUCUAGAUGAUUCUAGGAUACUAGAAGAUGGAGGUUCAGCUGAUCUAGGCAGUGAAAGGGAUCAUGAUAGAAGCUUUAACAGGCCAGUGCAUGGAGAAGAACGAUGGAUUAUUGGAGAGCCACUUGAUGGAUUGGCUGAAGAUAUUGACUUUUAUGAUGCCGAUAUUGACGGUGAGGAUCGUUGGCAUGGGCGGGAUAUGCAUGAUGGAAGGUUGAAAACUGGGGAAAGAAAUGGACCGGGAAGAUCCUUGCAUGAUGAAGAUAAUGAUGAAAGCGCAAGAGAUGAUUCAGCUAGGCGUAGGGUUAAUCGUGGGUUGAUGAGAUCUAGGAGUAAAACCAGGGGUAAUGAAAGCACUACAGAGCCUGAACAAUCUAUUAUGUCUCCUGGAUCAGGAAGCCGUGGAGGGCAAUUGCGAAGUGGUAGGGAGAGGAGUUCAACUAAAAAUUUGGAUGCUAAGCGAGUAAUUGAUAACAAGAAAAGCUCAAGUAGGACAACUGCUGAAGGUAUUGCAAUGGAUAAAGAAGAUAUUGAUGAAUGCAUCUGUGAGUGCAGAAUUGGCUCCAAGGACAUCUCAGAUCUUGUAAAAGCAGCUGUUAGGGCUGCUGAAGCUGAAGCAAAAGCUGCCAAUGCACCAAUAGAAGCUGUCAAAGCUGCUGGAGAGGCUGCUGCUGAACUUGUGAAAAGUACUGCAAUGGAUGAGUUCAAAACUACAAAUGAUGAAGAGGCCGCAUUUUUGGCAGCUUCAAAAGCAGCAUCCACUGUUAUUGAUGCAGCUAAUGCAGUUGAAGUUUCAAGGAAUACUGAAAGUGUUAGUGUGUAUUUACCAAAAGAUGGAGCUGAUGAGCCGGAACAGAAUGAGGAUGUAGAAUUUUUCAUCCCAGAUAGUGAUACACUUGCCCAACAAAGGGAGAAGUUUUGCAUCCAGUGUCUUGUGCUCUUAGGAGAGUAUGUUGAAGUAUUGGGGCCUGUGUUGCAUGAGAAGGGGGUUGAUGUUUGCCUCGCGUUAUUACAGAGAUAUUCUAAAGAAAAAAAGGAAUCAGAAAUAGUCUCUUCCUUGCCUGAAGUGUUGAAGCUGAUAUGUGCUUUAGCUGCUCACAGAAAAUUUGCUGCAGUAUUUGUGGAUCGAGGCGGCAUCCAAAAAUUGCUUGCUGUACCAAGAGUCCUUCACACUUUCUUUGGCCUUUCCUCUUGCUUGUUUACUAUUGGGUCUCUUCAGGGUAUCAUGGAACGUGUUUGUGCCCUUCCUUCUGAUGUAAUUUAUAAGUUGGUUGAGCUGGGUCUUCAGCUUCUGGAGUGCCCGCAGGAUCAGGCUCGAAAAAAUGCAGCUUUAUUCUUCGCUGCUGCAUUUGUCUUCAGAGCUGUCCUUGAUGUUUUUGAUGCACAGGAUGGUCUGCAGAAAUCACUUGGCCUUCUGCGUGAUGCUGCUUCUGUAAGAUCGGGAGUUAAUUCAGGGACUUUGGGGGCUUCUCCCCCAGGAGCACUUAGAAAUGAUCGAUCAAAUGCUGAUGUACUUACAUCAUCUGAAAAACAGAUAGCUUAUCACACUUGUGUUGCUCUGCGACAGUAUUUUAGAGCGCAACUGUUGCUGCUGGUGGAUACUGUUCGUCCUAACAAAAGCAAUCGAAGUAUAGCUCGUAAUGUUCCAAGCAUGAGAGCUGGCUAUAAGCCUCUUGAUAUAAGUAAUGAGGCUGUGGAUGCAGUUUUUCUCCAGAUACAGAAGGACCGAAAGCUUGGCCCUGCUUUGGUCAGAGCUAGAUGGCCAGCAGUUGAGAGAUUUUUAGCUUGUAAUGGACACGUGACAAUGCUGGAGCUAUGUCAGGCUCCACCUGUUGAGCGAUAUCUUCACGACUUGCUUCAAUAUGCAUUGGGUAUUUUGCAUAUUGUCACAUUGGUACCAUAUAGCCGGAAAUUGAUAGCUACUGCCACAUUAAGCAAUGAUCGUGUUGGGAUAGCUGUUAUUUUGGAUGCUGCUAGUGGGCCUGGCUAUAUCGACCCUGAUAUUAUUCAGCAGGCAUUAAAUGUGUUGAUCAACCUUGUUUGUCCUCCACCAUCGAUCAGUAAUAAAUCACCUCUCCUUGCACAAAACCAGCAAUCUAUUUCAGUAAAUCCUUCUACAGAGGCCAGAGAUAGAAAUACAGAGAGAAAUGCCACUGAUCGAGCACUUUCCAGUCAAAGUGAAGCAAGGGAGCGAAACGGUGAACCCAGUACUGCAGAUCGGGGUUUGUCUGUUAAUAACACCAUGCAAAGCCCAUCUCCAAACUUAGCCUCUGGAUUAGUGGGAGAUCGUAGAAUUUCCUUAGGUGCUGGUGCUGGGUGUGCCGGCCUUGCUGCUCAGUUAGAACAAGGAUAUCGCCAAGCAAGAGAGGCUGUCCGUACUAAUAAUGGCAUUAAGGUUCUUUUGCAACUCCUUCAAACCCGUGUGGUAUUGCCACCAGCUACUCUUGAUUGUCUGCGUGCACUAGCAUGCCGAGUCUUGCUUGGCUUAGCCAGGGAUGAUACUAUUGCACAUAUAUUGACAAAGCUUCAGGUUGGCAAAAAGUUGUCAGAAGUGAUCAGAGAUUUGGGAAAUCAGAACCCUGGAACUGAGCAAAACCGGUGGCAAACAGAGCUUACACAGGCAGCUAUUGAGCUAAUUGCGAUUGUUACAAAUUCAGGCCGUGCUAGCACUUUAGCUGCUACUGAUGCUGCUACCCCAACACUGAGGCGUAUAGAGAGAGCUGCUAUUGCUGCUGCUACCCCUAUCACAUACCAUUCAAGGGAACUCUUGCUGCUUAUGCAUGAACAUUUACAGGCUUGUGGUUUAACCUCUAGUGCUGCUACACUGAUGAAAGAGGCGCAGUUGACGCCUCUGCCAUCCUUGUCUGCACCGUCAUCUCUUGCUCACCAUGCUUCUGUGCAAGAGAUGCCUUCUAUACAGAUUCAGUGGCCAUCUGGUCGAGCUCCCGGUGGAUUUCUAAACAAGUUAAAAGUGCUGGCCCAGAAUGAGGAACUCCCCUUGAAAUGUGAUUCGGCUGUCUCUUCAAAGAAGAAGCCUCUUUUUUUCUCAUCUAGCUUCAGUGCUCGAUCAAAGGGUAGGCCUUCAUCUACUGAGCUCCAAACACCUUUGAUAAGCAAGUCACACAGUUUUUCAAGAAGGGCUCUGGGACCUGCUACUCUUCCAGAAAAUUCUGCACCAACUUCAGAUAUGACGGCCGAUGGCGAUACUCAUAUGAAAUCUCCAAUAGUGCUGCCUAUGAAAAGGAAGCUUACAGAGCUAAAGGAGGGUGCAGCAGCCUCAUCUGCAAAACGAUUGAAUGCCAGUGAGCAUGGAUUAAAGUCUCCUAUAUUCCAAACUCCUAGUGGUGUCCGCAGAGGGAGUCUAUUAAAUGACCUUUCUGGUUCCAUUACCCCAAAUCCAAGUUUCAAGGACUUUUAUGGGAGACAAACGCCUUUAGCAGGCCAGAUUGAUAAUAUUGAGGAUGGUCAGUACAAUGAAACUCCAUUUGCUCCCAACCCAGGGCUUUCAGCUGACUUACAACCUGCCAACUCUGAAAGGCUGACCUUAGACUCCAUUGUUGUUCAGUACUUGAAGCAUCAACAUCGCCAGUGUCCUGCUCCCAUAACUACUUUACCUCCCCUUUCUCUCUUACACCCUCAUGUUUGCCCUGAACCUAGACGAAGCCUUGAUGCUCCAUCUAAUGUGACUGCACGUCUUUCUACUCGUGAAUUCAGAAGUAUGUACGGUGGCAUCCAUGGUAGUAGAAAGGAUCGUCAAUUUGUGUACAGCCGGUUUAGGCCAUGGCGAACUUGUAGGGAUGAUGCUGCUGCCCUUUUGACAUGCAUGACGUUUCUUGGCGACUCUUCCCAGAUUGCUGCUGGGAGUCAUUCUGGAGAGCUCAAAAUUUUCGACACCAAUAGUAAUAACAUUUUAGAAACUUGUACCAGCCAUCAGACUCCUUUGAUACUUGUUCAGUCGUAUCAAUCUAAUGCAACUAAUCUAGUGCUGUCUUCCAGCUCCCUUGAUGUUAAGCUGUGGGAUGCAUCUUCAAUAUCAGGCGGGCCUAUCCAAACAUUUGAUGGAUGUAAAGCCGCUAGGUUUGGCAACACUGGUUCUUGUUUUGCAGCCUUACCAACUGAAGCAUCUCAACGAGAGAUUCUCUUGUAUGAUGUGGCAACCCACCGGUUGGAUCAGAAACUCUCAGAUAACUCUUCUGGCCCUUCUGGUCGAGGUCAUGCAUACUCUAUUGUGCACUUUAGUCCUGAUGAUACAAGGUUGCUUUGGAAUGGAGUCUUGUGGGAUCGACGGGCUUCUGGUCCAGUGCAUCGAUUUGACCACCUUACAGAUUAUGGUGGCGGCGGCUUUCAUCCUGCAGGAAAUGAGGUUAUUAUAAACUCAGAAGUUUGGGAUCUCCGAAAGUUCAGGCUUCUUAGAAGUGUGCCUUCUCUUGACCAAACUGUUAUAACAUUUAACAGUAGUGGAGAUGUCAUUUAUGCCAUUUUAAGGAGGAAUCUCGACGACAUAAUGUCAUCUGUCAACACUCGUCGUUGCAAACACCCACUGUUUUCUGCAUUCCGCACAUUGGAUGCUGUCAGCUACUUUGAUAUAGCCACAAUCCCUGUGGACCGUGCUGUUCUGGAUUUUGCAGCCGAGCCAACAGAUUCAUUCGUUGGGCUGGUCACUAUGGAUGACCAGGAUGAGAUGUUCUCGUCUGCUAGGGUUUACGAGAUCGGUCGCCGAAGACCUCCUGAUGACGACUCCGAUCCUGAUGAUGUUGAAAGUGAGGAGGAGGACGACGACGACGAUGAUGAUGAAGAUGAAGUGGAUCUAGAUCCCAUAUUGGGCCCAGAUCUUGACGGGGAUGGUGAUAGUGACGGUGAUGAUAUGAGCAACGAUGAUAGCGGGUCUGACAUCGAUGACGAUGAUGAAGAUGACGGUGACUUCUUGGUCGAUGGUGGCGGUUACGAUGUAGGGGGCGGGAUUCUGGAAAUCUUAUCAGAAGGCGAUGAAGAUGACGAUGACAGCGACAUGAUGGGAUCUUUUAGCAGUGGGGAUGAAUUCAUGUAAUGGCAAUGCCUGAUUGAGGGGAGUGGAGUUGUUGGGUUUCAAGGGUCCAUCCAGGUACCAUUAUCUCAAAAGAAAAAGGGGGUUUGGUACUUGGUCUUGUAACUAUAGUUAGUUUAGGUCACAAAUACAUCACCUGCCUUCCAUGAGUCAUAGGAGAGAGAAAAGAGAGAAAAAUGGAGGCUAUUCCUUUCCUGUUCAGGAUUUUGAUUUCAUUAAUCUAAAGUGUCCUCAAUAAUUUUCCUCAUAUGAUU